AUGUUGACGGGGCUCCAUAGUGCGGACCGAAUGUCUCUUUCCAUGUCUCCUUCAGGCAUGCUCUCCGCUCUGGAUAACAACGAGGAGGAUCGUGCCCUCCAGCAGCAGAUUCCCCUGAGGCCUCAGAGCAAUGAAUACCAAUCACAUCCCAACCUUGGUUCGGGGGCGCCUUGGUCAGCCAGUCUCCUGCUCCAAAACUCAGCAUCCAACUACCCCGACGAUUCAACAAAUCUAUACACGGCCAUUCCAGCAACCACGUACCUCGACAAUUCAGCAAGCCCAUACAACGGGGUUUCAGCAGACACGUACACCGAGAACUCAGCGUCCGAGUACAGUGCCGAUUACAGUACCGAGAGGGUCGGCAAGUAUGUGCCGGUCCUGGCUGGUGGUAAUACGGGGUCCGACGGGGCUUGGCUGUGCCAGUCCCCAAACUGUGAUUUCCGGUUCCAUUUACGAAACGACCUGCAAAUACACUAUCAAACUUUGCAUGCGGGGUUCAACGAACAAGAUGCGCGCGAAGUCUUUCGAUGCUCACUGUGUGACAGAGAGCCUGAUCUCCAUAGCCGCCCCUGCGACACUUGGGGGCAGACUUGGACCUGGACCAAAUGGUAUGAAUAUUACCUGCCAGUGGCGAAUAACUUCACGACAAACGUGGCGGGCCCGGCGACCUUUGACGGGAACUCGGGAGGAAGCUGGACAAGUGGAGGUUUCAACGGUUUCGGCGACGGUGGAUAUUUCGGAGGCGCGGGUUCAUCCGCCUCAGCGCACAAUCCCGGCUAUGGCGGAGGUUUCAUGUAUGGAAACGGCGGUGGGGGCUACUCAUACAGAGCAUGUGCUCGCAACGGCAGGAUUGCUCUCGCGGACGACGAGGAGAGGGCGGGGCCGCCUGGGACGGGCAAGGUGGCGUUGAGUUUGCGGCAAUGGUCGAAAAAAGAAGCUGCGUCGUCGACAACGAUGGUGCACCCAGUCUUCGCGGCACUGGUUGGGAACUGCAUUCGGCGGAUGAUCCUCGAGGAGCUUCGCAAGAUCAUGUCUUUUGCGAGGCUGACGCAGGAUCCAUCUCCAGCAGUCAAUGGACGUUCGAGUACUGCCUCCUAG